ACUCGUCGUCAUGUCACUUCAUAAACCUUGUCGUGUGUGUAUACGUGAAAGGGAAGGUAACGUUAACAGAUUUUGGUCAAGUUUACCCGGAUGCAAAGUGGUUGGAAAAACGGUCCACUUAACGCCAAGUUAAAGGGACGAUUAGCAUGCUAACGUUAGCAUAUGAUACAUGAUAACGUUACGUUUCUCUGUAAGUCCGAGUAAGUGUGUUUCUUUAAUACGUUUUCAGAAUAAAUGUCACUAACGUGUUAGCUAUUCGUGAAGUCAUAUGACCGGUAGCUUCUCACAAUCUUCCCUGUGUCUCGCUCAGCAGGGAGCUGCUAGCUUAGCUCACUGUGUGUUUGUCCCGCUGUUGAGUCAACUGUCGUCAACGUUAACUGACAGAACAAAGAAAAAAAUAAAACAAAGCGAUGUCGCUGUCAUGUGUUUCUCUACACUGCUGCUGCUCAUCAGCACUUUGAUUGUUUGGCCGGGUCCAUUGCGAAAGCAGUAUUAUCACUCACCGACCAGCAUAAUGUAGGGUGUCCGACGUCCUGAAUAUUGCUGUGUUGCAUAAGUUAGGCUAACAAACACAACUAGCAAGCUAAUACUACUAGCUCAUGGCUACACGAUAAAGCAGCUAAGUUCUGAGCUAACUUGACUGACGUUAAAUAACCACCACAAAACAUGCGAGUAAAGCCAAUUGUAUCCCCAUUUACAGAGCAUUUGGGGUCACAAGCAUAGUUUCUUUAGGGUUAAAACCAUGUUUAUAAUAUGCAAGGGCGUUAAACUACCUACAAUGAUGUACUGGUUGAGUUACAGAUAAGAGGCAGUUGACUUUUUACGGUUAUGAGUCACUUUUUGCUUAACUUUAUAUUCAGUGGCAUGCAAAAGUUUGGGCACCACUGGUCAAAAUUUUGUUAACUGUGUAUAGCUAAGCAAGGAAGAGACGACCUGACUUCCAAAAAGUUUAAAGUUAGAUAUGACACAUUUCUUCAAUAGUUUAAGCAUGUUUACUUUUUAAUUUCAGUCUUAAACAGUUUCAAAAAACAAAGGAUAAGGGCCUGAAGCAAAAGUUUGGGCACAGUGCAUGGUCAGCACUUAGUAGCUUCUAAAUCACAUAUGGCCCAUGGGCCAGAACCCGGCCCGCCAAAGGGUCCAAUUCAGCCUGCUAGAUGACUAGACUAAGACAGAGUUUAUACUUCUAUGUUGAAUUGACGCAGUACCCUAUACUGUAGCUUGACAUGUACCCUCCCAGAAAUGUAACAACGCGUCACGGCGACACAGACUCCUGUCUAUUUUUGUAAGCCUAAAGGAAAUGGCCACUUAAGUACAGGCAGUACUUACUGACCCUCAUGCCGACAAGAAGUCCAGUGUAGUUUUUUAAUCCACAAAACUCGUUCAGGGUAUCGAAGGAUAACUGCCAGCCGGAUUUUUCCAUACACUUGAAGUGCAUGGAACCCACAUUUUUAAAAUGUAAUAAAAGUCUGCUAAUGCUUUUCAAAAAUGCCAGAAAGGCUUGUCCGUCGUAAUCCAAGUGCCCUGAAGCCGCGGCAUGCUAAAUUGACUUGGAAAGACGUAAUUUACUCCACUUUUAUAGCAUAAUUUCUCACAGUGGUCAGUUAGCAUGCAGGUGUGCUGUGUUUACAUGGCAACUCGCACGAGACUAGCUGAUGGCUACUGGUGGUGCUAGUUCUCGAGUCUCAUACGAGUUGCCGUGUAAACACAGCAUGCCCUGCUAACCAUUUCCCUCAGUGGAAACAAAGCUUUUUCCACAGAUAAGAAACAAUACAUUUAAACUUGAAGGAACACUUCACCCACAAAAUGAUCAUUUGUGUUAAUUACCCACCUCAUGUCACCUUGAAUUUGUGAAGAAAACAUUGUUUUUCUCGAAUGCUUCCACGGUGAACGAAGAAUCCAAAAACAGCAAACAUUCUUCAGGAAUUCAAGUACUCAGGAUCCACAUUUAACAACAACAAAACUAUACCAAAUCACCCUUCCACAAACCCUCACACAACUUACAAUCUAAUACAAUCCAGGUUUCAUUUAUCCAGUCAUAUGACUAAGCACUUUGUAUUUUUUGCUUAAGCUUUUCAGUAUGAAAAAAUUUAGCCUGGGCACACACGUUGUAACGUUUUAGUGAAAAUGCAUGUGUUUAGGUCGUACUUAGCAUAUAAAUGAGACUUGGAUUGUAUUGCAUGAAUUGUUCGAGAGUUUAUAACAAGUGUUUUGAUAUAAUUUUGCUGAUGUUAAAUUUGGGCUUCUUUUACUGAAGUUCAGCGGAUUCUUCAUACACCAUGGAGGCUUGUGAGAAGAACCGAGUUUCUUCACAAUGUCAAGGAUGUUGCGGCUUCGCUGUAAGACCAAAAAUGGGAGCCACAUAAUGCAGGGAUUGACUCAUCAGUCCUGCGUGCAAGAGCUAAAGACGAAGGUGGAGGAGCUGACUGGUAUCCCCUGUGACGUGCAGAAAAUCAUGGUCGGCUAUCCACCCUCCAGCCUUGAUCUUCGAAAUGGAGAUGCUCACCUUAAGGACUACCCCAUCAAAUCAGGAGACACACUCAUUGUUGAGGAAGAAAAGAACAAGCCAAAGCCUGCUCAGGAUCAUCCCACUGUGACUAAAGCACCACGCCUGGAAGCCUCACCCAUGCUGGCACGCCGAGUGGUCCCGGCUGACAACUCCUGCCUCUUCACCAGUGUGUAUUAUGUGGUGGAAGGUGGUGUAUACGACCCUGCGUGUGCUCCUGAGAUGCGAGGCCUCAUCGCCCAGAUUGUUUCCAGUGACCCCGCGGCUUACUCUGAAGCGGUGCUGGGAAAGACCAACGAGGAGUACUGCACUUGGAUAAGACGUGACGACACCUGGGGGGGAGCCAUCGAGGUGUCCAUCCUCUCCAAGUUUUACCAGUGUGAGAUCUGUGUGGUGGACACUCAGACAGUCCGAGUGGAUCGAUUCGGGGAGGACGCUGGCUACCACAAACGCGUGCUGCUCAUCUACGACGGCAUCCACUACGACCCGUUGCAGAAAGAAACGCCCGGCUCCGACACUCCGCCCCAGACUAUCUUCUCCACCACAGAUGACGUAAUCCUGGCUCAGGCCCUGGAGCUGGCAGACGAGGCUCGCCGCAAGCGUCAGUUCACGGACGUUAACCGCUUUGCGUUGCGCUGCAUGGUGUGCCAGACAGGCCUGGUGGGACAAAAGGAAGCUCGGGAGCACGCCAAGGAGACAGGCCACACCAAUUUUGGCGAAGUGUGAAUACUGUUUUGUCUUUUCUUCCUCUCACAAAUACAACCACCACCAACCCUGUGCCCCACGUCUGGCAACUCCGUUGGUCUGUCUGUCUGUCUGUCAAUCUGCUUGUGUGAUCCUCUACCUCACAUUGUCCAGCGACAUCUAUGGAGAAUCUGCAGACACUGUGUUCAGCCUCUAACCUGUUCAGUAUUACUUUUAACUGCUGUCAGUUCUCAUAGUCAGAAACGCUACUGCAGUGCUCCGAUGUCUUUAAAACCAUCAUUUUAGUCUGUUAGGGAUGGUUUCAAACUGUUCAAAUGGGUCAAGGAAAAUAUGCAAACUAUUCUUAGGAUUUGUUUUAAACUCUUUUGUUACUCAGCGGCUCGGUUUUAUUGAAAAACAGAGAGCAGCUGAUGUGUUUCAGUUGAUGCACCAAAUUGGUAGUACUUAGCUGUGACUGACUAAACGUGUAUGUGAUAAAACCCUGCUGUAUGGUUCUAGAAAGUUUAAAACAGCCACUAAGAAUUAUUUGCACUAUGAUGUGAUCUUAUUCACUGUUGUCUUAAGCGCAGCACACAAAGUAUGACUGUUAUUCAUCAUGUUGAUUAUGUUGUUUAUUAUGGGUUUUUCUCAUUGCAGAUGUAUGUCAGAAACUUUUCCAAUACUAAAACUUAAAAUUUAGCUAACUUUAGAUGUCUGAAUCAUUCAGCACAGCUGGAUUUUGUUGAAGUCCCCCCCUCCCGACACACUUUAAAAUAUGUAAAAAAAUAUAUAUAUAUAUAUACUCUGCUAUGGUUAAUUUUUUUUGUUUAAAAAGAUUUUCCCCGCAUGGAAAGUUUAAAAAACUCUGAAAAAAAGCUGGAAGCAGAUCUGCUCUUUCUUCCUCAAUGAAAUUAUGAGACUGGCCCCUGCCCCACUUAACUUUAGCCACUUGCGCUAGGUUAACCGGUAAAAGAACAGCGCGCAUCAAAAAGCUAGCAUUAGCGUUAAAGGAAACAUCGGAGAAAUUCAGCCAUACAUGUUUGAAUCUCAGUUAGACCCAGAUGAGCGACGUAUCAAAAUGGUUAGUGUAGCAUCAUUUUUUUGUGUCUGUUGUUCGACACAGUGUUAAUGGUUGUGAAACAAGACAAUAAUAUCUGCCAUGAUGGUGUUUUUGGAAGAUAAUGGAAUGAAUGGAAUGUUUGCUGUCAAAUGUUCACUAUGCUAAUGCUAAAUGUCGCUCUCUGACAAGUCCGCUACAUGCUGGAGGUUUUAGAUUUCUUUGCCAGUUAUGUGUUGAAUUCUGUUCCCCCGUUUACUGAUUAGGUUUGUCACUAAUUAAUGUUUGAAUCUCAGAUUGUUGUCAGUAGAGGCAUGUAAAAACACCUUUUAGUGACAAACUUUGUACAGCUACAAGUCAGAGUAGUCAAGGUCAGACAUUUUAGGGGACAUAAACAGUAGAAACACAUUUCUGAAUGGAGGGGGGCUUAUGAUGAUGAUAAUAAUGAUACGCUGGAUUCAUCUUUACAAAAAUGUGACGUUUCUUUAAAAUUACUGUGUGAGUAGUGGCCAUUGAGACUGAGGUUAUACAUUACAGUGUUGCAAAUUGUGAUCAAAAUUAGACUAAACACUCAUGUUGGACUUUUUCCCUUUUCUCUUUGUUCUGUUUUUUUCUGAUGUUUUUUUUUUUAUAUUGCAACAUGGUUUAUCAGUGAUUAUAUUUUAGAUCAGACAAAAAAAUGGUGCUGAAAACAUUUCACAAAACCUGUAGCUCUUUGUUAUUCUUCAUCGGUACGACAGUUUUUCAGGAGUGUAAUUUUUAAUUCAAGUGUGAAAUUUUCAAAUGUUAUGCUGUAAUCUUUUAAAAAUGUUUUCUUUUUUGUUUAAUAUUGCUGCAUAUUUUGGAAAACACUUUAAGCAUGAUGAGGUGUUUGAGUGUUGUUUUUCAGAUCACCAGACACGGUGAGAGGGGAGUGUACUAACUAGAAAUCUGAAACGAGUGAGUGCAAGACACGCUGUAUAAGAUGAAUCCUGCUCACUUGCAUUUACUGUUCAGGUACAGUCCACACAUUACGUGUUCAGCUAAUCCGCAUUAAGCUUUUAUCUUUGCAAUUUUGAUUUUUCAGCUUACAUUUGCAGUCCAUUUUAUGUAGUGUAUGUUGUCAAAACUACGCCAUUCUGUUCCACUGUAUGUUUUGCACAACUGGAGCAUGUUCUCACGUUUCUGCUAAUUCCUUUAAUACUCACUGCCUUGAAGGAUGAAGCAUGCACUUGUUUAUUUUAAACCACAGCUCAAAAUGUUAAAUUUGAGGAGGCCAUAAAGAUAUUUGUGGGAUUAUGUUUUUUUUCUCGAAGCCCAGAUUAUUGUUGCUUCGUGUUCUGCAGAACUAGUAUUACUACUACACAUAUCUGUGAUGGUGGUGUUGGUACUAAGUUGUUGCCAAAAAAAGAAAAUGUUACAGUGGAGGACUAGAUUGGGGCUUUCUUUUAGGUCUUUCUUGGUUCAGGCUCAGAGACGGUGUUGGGAAUUAAGCUAAAAAUCUCAAAUUAUUUCUUUGUGUUAAUGUGAAUUACUUUUUUUUCUUCAUCUGUUACUUUUAGGUAGUUUAUUUUAACAGUGAUAAUGGAUUAGUCAGCUUGCAUAAAAGUGAAACUAUGAAAUGGCUUUGUUGUAUUUUGUAUUUACCAAGUUCUCCUAACUCUUAAAGGACAAUAACAAUGAAUGUUGCACACAAAGCACUACAGAAUAACUGGAUUUACUUGAUUUUUUUUUCAGUGUUGUGUCACAAUUAAAGGUUAUAGCCGAAA